GCCCGCUCAGCCUUGUCGGCCUGGGCCAACCAAGCCACAAAGGACCACACAGCUCAAGUGUUCCGGAACAAUCACAUAAUGUGUUCAAUGCGAUGCGGCGGUGAGGAUCGUCAUGGCGCAUCCCUUCUACUGGACGGCUCAAACCGGGCUUCGCUUUUUGGUGACCCUCGGCAACUACAAGGAGGCUCCCUUUGCCAAUGUGCUCCUCAGCAAGGUUCGGCAGGCGAUCCAGGAGGCCCUUGUAAAUGAUGAGAGGACAUGGUUCGAUGUGGUGAUGGACCUGGAGCAAAGUGGAAUUCAUGCUACAGAUGACCGGCUGAAGGGGCAGCCGUUUGGCCUCUUGAAGUUCAUCCGCAACAAGUGUAUCCACCUGAACUCAGGUAUGCCAUGGAGCCUGCGGCAGAAGCUGCUUAACCAGCGCAUCUUCCAGGAGAGCGCUUCCCCUCGCUGGUCACACUGUGCUGGGAGGCCCUACUGAACGUGAUCAAAGAGAUCAACGGCCACAUGCAACACGCGCAGCUGCGGGAGUUCUUCGACCGCCCGGUGGAAGUCGAGUCCUUCCGCAAGUGACCGCCCGGUUUUCUGUGCGUUUCGUUUGCCCGAAAUGGGUUGAAUUUUCCAAGGGACGAUCGUUGCGCGGGCUCUGACUUGUCAGACUGACCAAGUCAGAACAUUUAAGGGACGCCACGCUUGACUGCUUCUGGCAGACGCAGCUGGCCAGAAUCCAACAAGAUGGCCCAGCAAGUUGGCUUUGUUUUUCUUGGCGAAUCACAUAACCAUGCCAAGCUUUGUUGGUAGUCCUUGCGGACUGCCUGGAUAAGAAUGCGG